GUCGCGUCUACCCACUUUCAAAUCGCGUCCAUCAACAUUUGAACAUUUGAAUGUUGUACAUCACUUACGCUAACCCUGAUCGUGAUCUUCAACUUUGUUUGCUGUUCCCCAGACGCCACUCUGUGACGGCACUCAUACUUAUCCAUAUCGUUUAUGGAAUAUCUCCAUUGACGCGACUCAAUUCAUAUUAUCUGGAGCGAGUCGAGAUUUGUCGCCGACUUGCCUCUUACUUGUAACCAGCACUAUUUGCGCACCUCUACCAUUGCCUUCGUCUCAUUGCGUGUUUAUUAUAUCUAAUUUCCUCAAUCGAUCCCAUGAAUCCACGGUAGACCUCCGAAGACGCGUCUAGAUACUUCGAAAUCAUGUAUCUACCGCGCGAUCUCCUGUCGAAACUUUACAUUCACCUUCAGCAUACCCGUCACCAGCAUUCCCCCACCAUUCUAAUUCUUGUCGCUCUUGAACCUGACGCUCUCUGCGCCUGCCGCAUCCUCACCAGACUUCUAAAGAAUGAUUACAUACAACAUACCAUACACCCUGUUUCUGGGUAUGGAGACCUCGAACGGGUAGGCCAAGACCUCGUCAGGCCAAUGAUGGAAUCAAAUGGGGGACCCGGGGGGGUUGUAGUGUGCCUUGGUGUAGGAGGUAUGGUUGAUAUGGGCACUAUCUUAGGCCUCGAAGUUGAAGGCGAGGAGUCGAGCUUUAGUGGUGUCGAAGUGUGGAUUAUCGACUCUCAUCGACCAUGGAAUCUCGGGAACGUAUUUGGCGGCUAUCCCUUAGAACCCGCUUCCGACGUUCGUUCAAGCUACCAAACACGUGCCCCCGAAGGUGUAAACGCAGGCCGAAUCGACCGUUCGUAUAAGCCCGGAAAAGGUGGGAUUGUAGUGUUCGACGAUGGUGAUAUCGAAGAGGGAUUAAGCAGAGAACGAGAUGCAUAUUUGGCGUUGGUUGAUAUGCCUGAUAUCGAGGACGAUGAUGAGCCUUACGGGGGUAGCGAUACCGAAAGUGAGGGCGAAGCCGAGGACGAGUCUCCACGCUCUGGCCAGAAAAGGAAGUCCUGGUCAGAUCGGGAUGACGAGAGUAGCGGCGAGGACGACAGUCGACCACAACAGAGAAGAAGGAGUAAUUCUUCUAAUGCAAUUCCCGAAUCGCCACAACGCCCUCCCCAGCGGGGGCUGAUAUCUAUACGCGAUGCCGACAUUUCUAGAUCCGACGAGCAGCCGCCUAGUGGCGCUCAGCCCCCCAAAGGGCCAUCAGCUCGUAGCCUACGACGAAAGUUGCUGAGGAUGCGCAGUGAGAACGAAGGUAUACUUCGGAGAUAUUAUCGAAUGGGAUCCUCAUAUUCUGAGCCCAUUAGCGCGAUGAUCUAUUCCCUAGCAUCAGAACUCGGUCGGGAAGACAACGAUUUGCUCUGGUUAUCAAUUGUUGGUGUCACAUCCAUGGAACUGUAUGGCCGUUCUUCGGCCGGUCUCGCAGUCACAGUUCGCGGCUCAGAUGCUAGGCCAACAAAUGGUUGGAUGGGUGUCCGGGGUGCUCGGCUACGACAACUUCUACGAGAUGAAGUUAGACGUCUUAAUCCGCCUGACAUAAGUAGAUCCUCGAAAGACGAAGAGGGUACCAUUCCUACCUCAGCCAAAUCCCCCGAGGAUAGAGAUAUCAAGUUGUCUCCUGAACCAAGAUUCUUGCUGAUUCGACAUUGGAGCCUCUACGAAAGUAUGCUGCAUUCACCAUACCUAUUUUCCAGGCUACGCAUAUGGAGUGAAAGUGGCGUCAAACGCUUACACAAGUUGCUCGCCAAGAUGGGUGUAAGCCUUGUUGAAUGCAAACAAAGCUAUGCGCACAUGAAACUAGAUGUGAAGAAAAACUUGCGAGCGAAACUUCUACAGUACGCAUCUCUCUAUAACCUCGAUGAUAUGGUGCCAUCAGUUGACACUGAUGGCGGAGACCGAGCCGGCGCGAAGGAUGGAUGGGGCUUUGUCCGGAGCUGGGGUUAUCUAGCGACUCUCAGCGCGCAAGAUGUAGGAGUGAUCCUCGGUGCCAUUUUAGAGGUAGGCAAAAACAAUGCUUUAAUCGACGGUGGCCACUUUCAAGCAAGUCAAAUACGAGAUUUGGAGGAUGAAAGCGGAGCGGCCGAAGCCCAAGAAUGGAUCAGUCGGUUCUGGCAAGCAUACGAUGCUGUUGAAAAUCCUACUUCUCUUAAAGAGUCUCUACCUACGGCAAAAUAUCUCCAUCGCGCCAUCUUCCGAACGGGAACUUCACUCCUUCACAAAAAACAAAUCAAGCAUUUGCAUGCUUUCCGUCUUUGUGUCAUUAAAGACGGACCAGAUGUCCCUCUGUUCAAUCAUCCUGCGGCACUGACAAAGCUUGCCCUCUGGGUUGGUGAGGCUCUCGCCGAGCAGGAGAAGGACAACCAUGGCAAAUUAGCCCAUGGUGGACGAGGAACGCCUCUUGUUGCAGCAAGCUUAAACGAGAGAAGGGGUGUCUAUGUGGUAGUAGGUACCGGUGGUGGUGGUGGACCUGACACGGCCUUCCUAGAUAAAGAGGCAGCAAAGGUAAAACAGGCAGCUAAGGAGGCGAAAGCCAAGGAGCGUGAACAGAGACGAAAAAACAAAGAGAAGGUUAGAGAACAGAAGCGUGCGGCUAGGGCGGCUGCAGGUGACGAUGAAGAUGAAGAAACAGAAUCUGAAGAGAGCGACGGUUCAGACUCAGAUUCGGAUUCGGAAGACGAGAUCGAGGAGCACAAAGAUCGCGGAUACGGACUGAACAAAUUCGGCAGCGCCUUCCAGGAUGUUAUUAACGAGACAAAUGCACGCGUCCGAAUUGACAGCUUUGAGCAUUGCGUCGUCGAAGUUCGGAAAGACGACCUAGGUGGCUUCCUUGAGAGCCUAAGCCAGAAGACCGUCGUUGGUUAACAUCAUCUCAUUCAUUCGGACGCUUUUGCUCGCUAAUUGGCUACGAAAUCUCCUUUCAGGACGUCUAAAGAUACACCUCAUGAGAAAAGUGGUAUGGGCAUUUGCAGUAAUUGCUAGAGCUUACACGAUGCAUGAAUGGCGAUGGGCAGGUAAUGGAAUGGUGUUAGGUCUAAACGUUGUAAAUACUGUCAAUGCAGAGCUGAUGUCAUCUCUGCCGGGAAUAAAAAUAUUCAUUCAUGUCUCAUUAAUUCGACCUCGAUGUUUGCACUAAAUUCUAUAUAUGCCCAAACCAUGGAUGCAAUGCCAAUGAGCAGCACUACUCAAGUCUACCUACUUAAACAUCUCGUUGAGGCAAAGCUCCGUGACUCAUAUAGAUGAGUCUAGAACAUUUAAAUUUACAAUACAUACCCACCCAGUAAGAUCAUGUAUAGGAUUACCAUCCAUAAUAUCCUCACUCACAACAUCAUCGUGGCUUGCCUUGAAUGCUC